UGGUCGAAAGUGCUUUGAAGAAUUCAAAAAACUUGAAGAGAAGAGAAGAUGCCUCGCCUCCGGGACAAGGCCGGCAGGCUGGCAAAGCGCCAGGAAGCCGAUCGCGAGGAGAAAGUCCACUUGACCCAAAUCAAAAUGGAUGCCGCUCUGCUAAAGGUCGACGAGAUAGCCAGACGCCACAUGGAGCAGGUGGACAGCCGCAUCAAGCUCAUCCGAGAUACCACCGCCAAGGAACUGCUGAACAUGAAGUGGUCGGAGUUUUUGGCCCUCAAGCUUGAUAGGUUUGCCGACUACCAAGGAUCAGUUUCCACCAGUACUGCUGCUCCUCGCAGCCGCUCGGUAAGCCGGAAGCCGGUGGAGAGGAUUCGCCCUAAGCAGCGAACUUGGACUCGGGUACAGUCGGUGGAUAGGGAGAAAAUGGAUGAAGAAAUUCCAACUCUAAGCUUCCUGCGCUGGCCCCGUGCCGGCGAAGCAGUGCUCUCGACGGCGGGCAGCCCGCUGGCCGUGCCCAAGGCCUUGAAGGAGCGCUGUGCCAACGUGCAAAUCCCCACCAGUAAGGGGCUUAUCACCAUGAAGCCGCACAAGAUGAUGAACCAGGUGAAGCGCGAGGUGCUGAUGACUUUGGACCAGAACACCCUAGCCCAGGUGAAGGCUCUGACUGCCAACCUGGAUGAAAUUGUGAAUAUGGCCACCAAGAUGGGCAAACUUUAGAUCGAAUAAAAUAAUAUUCUAUGCAGAGUUGCAUGCAUA